AUGUCAUUAGAUGAAAAUAAUCCAUUUUUAAAACAAUUAAACACUAACAUUGAUGAUAUAGAUAAAAGAACUCAAGUAGAACAUCGUCUAUUAGAUGACAUGGAAAAAGAAUGUUUAGGAACAUUGCCGGUUAAAUCUAAACCUCAUGUAUCAAUAAAUCAAAAGCGAAACUAUGUUGAUUUUCAACAUAGAGAAGAAAUUAGAAAACGUACUUUAUCCAAUAGUUCAAAAGAGAAUUAUUCAACAACAAAUAAUUUUGAUAUUCCAUUAAUACCGACAAAUAUUUCAAAAUCUAUUAUUAAAUUAAAUAAUCAAAUUAAAAGUGAUUUUAUAACGCAUUGUCUCUCGUUUAUAAACGAAGAUGAAGAAGCAAUGAAUUGUUUUCAAAUUGUAUGGACAAAAUAUUUACAAUCCGUUGGCGAUGUUUCAUUGUUAUCUGUAUUUUUCGAUACAUUGCCACAUAGUAUAAAAUUAUGCGUGAUACCCAAAUAUCAAAAUGAUUUAAUAAAAUGGUGUGAAGAUUUAUUUCAUAUUGAAUGUGAAGCACUCUUAUGUACAAUAUAUUAUUCAGAAUCAUUUCAACGUGUCAUUCGUCUAGCAUUAAAAUUUAAUAAAAAAUUAUUUAAUGAAAAUCAUACAAAUAAUAAAAAAGGCAUCAUAUACGUGUCAACUGAUUUUGAUCCACAAUUGAAAGAUGAUCUCAUUUUUACUGUACCAAAUAUUUGUUUUUCAUCUAUACAAACUGAUUUAUAUCAUGAGAAUGUCUUGAAUAUUGAACAGUUAGAACAAACAAUAAUAAAAGAUAUCGAUAGUACAAACGAAUAUCCUUUAAUGAUUAUUGCAAAUGUUGGUACACCAUUUCUAGGACAUGUCGAUGAAUUAGCUAAAUUAAAAUUAAUAGCUAAUCAUCAUCAAAUAUGGUUACAUGCAACGGGUGAUCUGCUAGGUUCAUUAGCCUUGCUAUCAACAAAAGAUGAUUUUCGCAUAUGCUGUGAUAGUCUGACAUUAGAUUUAAUUAAACUAUUUGGUAUUCAAAAUUUAUCCUAUUUAACGUUGUUUGUUCGAGAAUCACCAUUCAUCCCAUCAUUACUAAAACGAGGCUCAUCAACGACAUCACAAUUGAAUGAAUCACAUAUAGGUUCAGAUAUAACUUUAGCAACAAUUAAUGAUAAUCAAACAAUAAAUAAUAAUAAUAAUAAUAAUAGUGAACAAAGUUUAAUGCAACAACAAUUUGCACAAGAUACCCGAGAAAUCAAUUAUAAUUCAUCUUCACAAGCACUUUCCACGUCAACUCUCUCAUUUCAAGAUAUGAUAUUACAUUCACCAUCGAUUAGUUUCAUAAGUAUUUGGUCUUUAUCUCGACGUUGUACAAAUGAACAUAUUUUACAUCAUAUGAAACAUUCUUUUCAUUUAACAGAUUUAGUAAUGAAAUCUUUGUAUCAAAUUAAAUCAAUUAAAAUAUUGAAUAAGAAUUCAUUUGAUACUAAGAAUGGUGAAAUAAACGAUAAUCGUCUAACAUAUGCACAUAUUUGUGAUGGUUAUUUAUCCACAACAUCCUUGCCAAUGGCUGUUGUAUUAUUUCGUUUUGAUCUAUACUUGACAAAAAUUGAGCAUGUCGACAAUGUGGAUGACAAUGAUUUUAAUAGUUAUAUGGAUCUUUUAAAUAUCUGGCUUUAUGAUAAACUAAAUCAACAAUAUCCAAAAAUGAACUUAGAAUUAUUGAAAAGUACACGUUUUGAACCGCAUAAAUCAAUUGAUGAUGAAAUGAAUACUAACCGGGGUUUUACACAUGCAUUACGCUUUGCUCCACUGGAACAUUUACUUGAUGUUAUCGAAGAAAAUUAUAUAAAAAUGUUUCUAGAAGAUGUUAUAAAAUUUUGUGAAAUAUUAUUAGCUACAAUAACAGCUAGACAACGAUUACAUACGACGAUUAAAGCAAAUUAUCCAAAUCUUACGACAAUUUCAUUACUUAAUUGGGCAGGAAUUGGCGGUGUUCAGUACGUUCCUGUAGGAGAUGAACAAGAUCAAGUAGAUAAUAAGCAACAGUAUGAACAAUUGACAAAUAGUGAUAAUAUUUAUCAACAACAAAAUAUUACAUCAAAUUUAUAUUCGAUUCAGGAUAUCAAUACGAUUAAUGCCGAAUUAGCUAGAAAAUUGCAAACAAACGAUUCAGCGUUUAGUCUAGGAGUCAAUAAACAGGAAAUGUUUUAUUUACGUUUAGGUAUGGUGAGAAAAAAUGAUGAUCUCGAUAUAUUAUUGAAAAAAAUACAGAAUUCAGGACAAGAAACAGAACAAUCAUUAAAAUAUGUUGAAAAGUCUCACGAUUUUCAAAAUGCCUCAAAGAAAAAAAGUGAUCUCGAUCUGCACAUCCAAGACCCCGACAAAAUUCCAACAUAUCGGGAUAAAAUUCGUACUACUCAUACGCAAAAAGCCCUUUAA